AUGGUGUCGCGAUAUUCUCGUCUAAAUAUUCUCUAAAUAUCGUCAAAUUGUGUAAAUCCAAGCAUCAUUCUUAGUUCAAUCGACAAUUUUGUACCUGUUUCAACUCCCAACACUACAAAAACGCGAAAUUGACCGUGGAAUUGCGUCAAAUUCACGUGUUAAAGUUGGAGCUCAUGUAAAAGCAACAAAAAAAAGAGAAAGAAAACAAACAAUAGAACGCAUUUAGUAUUAAUUUAGCAGUGUGCAACCAAGAACCUGAAGCGAGUUCAAGAACAUUCGCAACAAACGAAAGUUUUUUUUUAUUAAAAUAACAAACAAUUUUUGGCUUGAAGAAACGUCUACAGCUGACUGCGAACAGCGGAGAACGAAGAGAGAGCAUUUUUUGUGAGAGAUCUCUUGCGGUUGGAACACAGUUCAGUUCAGUUCAGUUGUGAAUCAAUUAUUGUCGUGAUCGUACGUAAAACUCGACAACACCGGCAUCCCGGCAUCAAAAAUUUUAUUCGUAAUUUUUAUUCGUUUGAUAUUCUUCGAUCUACAGAAAGAGAGAGAGAAAAAAAGUUAAAAAGGGGAUUUAUAUGCAGUAAAUUGUGGAUUAAUUCGAAAGAGAGCUCAAAAAAUGAUAUCAUCAACAACAAACGGCAUCGAACGCCUCAAAAUCAGCGAAAACGCAACAAAUGGCACAGACACCGUCGACAAAAGCACCGUCAGCAACGGUAAUUGCAGCAACCGAGACGGAAACUACUACAUCCAACAGUUAACGAACACGCGGGAACGUCUCGUGCGCACAGCCGACGUGCUCGACAAAGAGCUCGAGACACUUUUGGCGCAAAGUGACACGCCCGAAGACGUUAUUGGGCACUUGCGAUCCGCCUCGGGCAAAGCUCGACUCCUUGCCUCGCAGAAAAUCAAACAAUUCGAGGAUUUGUGUCACAAAAAUUUGAAUCCGCCGCCAGAUGACGCCUUCCCCACGAAACUCGAGGACUUGGAGGGCUUCUGGGACAUGGUGAUGUUGCAAGUAGAUGAUUGCGAUGCGACUUUUGCACGCAUCGAAACGUACCGCAAGAACGGAUGGCGCGUCCCCGAGGAGGAAAGUCACGUUGAUUCUAGUCCGGCGAGACCCGCAGUUCGCGCAACGCCCAGCAACAAGCGACCAAGUGUACCGCGAAUCGCCGCAAAAGACGUCGAACGGACCCCCACAUCGAUACUGGCGGCAAAGAAGCGCGAAGAGCAACGUCAGAAGAUGGCAGAGAUGAAACGACAGUACAAACUGCAACAGGAACAACUCAAGAACAAAGCAGCCGAAAAUGGUACAAAUAACGAAUCAAGUGAAAAUCUCAUCAUUAAUCAUUAAAAAAAGAAAAAAAAAACAAAAAUUCAGUGAUAAGAUAAGAGAAAAAAAAAUAUUUAACAAAAAAAUUUAAAAAUAUGUUAAAGUUGGACAUUUUAAGAGAAAAUUUAACUUUAAAAAAAAUAGCUCAUAUUAUUAGACAAGACAAGAGUGUGCUGUGUUCAUAUUUAUAAAUAUUUACAAAAAAAAAAUCUGUCAGUUUUACCACUAAAAAAAAAUUCAAAAUGUGCAAAAAAAAGUUUGACGCGGAAAACUCCAAAAAUCGCCGUCAUCGUACUACUAAAAAUGUGUAAGAAAAAUACUUAAAAAAAAAUUACUCAAAAAAAUUCAAGAAACACAAGAAAAAAGAUGCAAUCGUACUCUCGUAUUUAAAUUUAAUUUAAUCACUAAGUAUUCUUUUAUUUAUUUGAUACGAAUUUGAUUCAAAAUUGAUUUAAUUUAAUAAUUCCCCUAAGUGUCAUUCAAUUCAUUCAAAGAAUAAAAAAAAAGUUAAUUUCCAUGAAAAUUCAAAUCAAAAUAAUUUUUUCAUAAAAAAUGGAUCAAGUUUAAUGUUUAUUUAUUUAUCAACUUUUUUGUAUUUUUUUUAUUAAAUUAACGAAAUAGAAUUUAAUCAAGUUUCAUGUAAAAGUAGUUAAAGGCCCAUCAUAGUGUGUAAGAAGAGUGUUUGAUUUCAAAAAAAAAACAAUAAAUUUAUAAUAGUCUCUCGAAUUUUAAGUUCAAUAAGUGUAUCCAACCCAUUUUCCGAAAAAAAAGUAAGAUUUAAAAAAAAAUGUGUAAAAAAUAAUAUUAAAUAAAGAGAUAAAUUUCAAUUUCAAACAUUUAAAAGAAGAAAAUUGUAAACAAUAUGUUUUUUUUUUGUAGACAACCAGACAAGACGCCGUUCCUUUUCCGUGUUUUUAUUUUUUUUUUUAAUUUUUCUUGAAGGAGGAAAGAAAUGAAAAUUAUUUGAGAAACAUAAAAAUGAUCGUAAAAAUUAACGAGCUUAUAAUUAUUUUUUAAUUCUUGUUGGAUGGAAACAUGAUGAAGAGGGAAUUUUUCUUCUGG